UUGGUAUUCAGUGGGACUGGUGUGCAUUGGAGUAAUGCUGUAGACUUGUAACAUGGAGUGUAUAAUUCUAAUUGGAGAAAGGGAUUACAGAAACAAGUUUCCUACUCCAAGGGUUACUGCUCUGUGCUGUUGUAUUGUUUUCUUUACCCUUUUACCGGUGAAUGGUGCCUGGAAGCAAAGUAAACCUCGCCUGAAGUUCUCAUACAAAGAUCUGCUGAUGAACGACAGUUGUAACCCAUUUCAAGGAUCAGCUGAGAGUUCAAGUUUCCAGUCUUUAUUAAUAGAUGAAGAAAGAGGGAAACUUCUGGUCGGUGCUAAGGAUCUGAUUUAUGUUUUGAAUCUGGAAAAUUUGAACAAGGAACCCAAAAAGCUAUAUUGGCCUGCAGCUAAAGAGAGAGUGGAGCUCUGUAAACAGACCGGCAAGAAGGAAGCAGAGUGUGCAAAUUUCGUUCGAGUGCUGCACAACUUCAACAAGACGCAUGUCUAUGCCUGUGGCACGGGAGCUUUCCACCCUGCAUGCGGAUAUAUUGAACUCGGGCCCCCUGCACAGGAGCUUUCGUUGAAGUUUGACCUAAAAACACUGGAAUCUGGAAGACUGAAAUGUCCUUAUGACCCCAGCCAACCUUUCACAUCAGCCCUCAUUGAUGGCUAUCUCUUCACUGGGACAUCAUCCGACUUCCUUGGGAGAGACACAGCUCUGUUUCGUUCCCCUAUACAUCAUCUGGGAAAUCAGCAUAUCCGCACUGAACACAAUAACUUGCUUUGGUUAAGUGAUGCCAAGUUCAUUGGGAUGUACCCAAUUUCUGAUACUUCCAAUGACGACGAUGAUAAAGUAUACAUAUUUUUAAGAGAGACGGCCGUGGACGCAUCAGGCUUCGAAAGAGCCAUUUACUCCAGAGUGGCCAGAGUUUGUAAGAAAGAUAUUGGAGGUCAGCGGAGUUUGAUCAACAAGUGGACUACCUUUCUGAAGGCUCGUCUAAUUUGUUCGGUACCAGGGCCCGAUGGUUAUCAGACUUACUUUGAUGAAUUGCAGGAUGUUUACCUGCUCAACACCAAUGAUAAAUCACCUGUGUUUUAUGGGGUCUUCACAUCUUCCAGUUCUGUUUUCAGUGGCUCGGCUGUUUGUGCAUACAGCUUAGCUGACAUUCGUGCCGCAUUUAAUGGACCUUUCACACACAAAGACAGUCCUGAUCACCACUGGGUGGAAUACCAGGGGAAGAUUCCAUAUCCCAGGCCUGGGACGUGUCCCAGUAAAACAUUUGACUCCACAAUUGAGUCUACCAAGGAUUUUUCAGAUAACGUCAUCAGCUUCAUUAAGAAUCACCCAAUGAUGUACAAGGCUGUUUAUCCAAUAAACAAGAGGCCCGUUUUCAUUCAAGUAAACACUGGUUACAGGAUUACACAGCUUGUGGUUGACCGUGUCAAUGCAAAGGAUGGACAAUAUGCUGUUCUGUUUUUAGGCACAGAUGUCGGGUCAGUAAUAAAAGCCUUGAGUAUUACCAAGGAUAACUUGAAUGUAGAAGAAAUCGCUCUGGAAGAAUUGCAAGUGUUCGAGGAAUCAACUCCAAUAUUAACAAUGGAACUUUCUUCAAAGCAGAAGCAGAUUUAUAUUGGAUCGAAAGAUGGUUUAGUGCAGCUUGCUCUCCAGAGGUGUGGUGCUUAUGGUGCAACCUGCUCAGAAUGCUGCCUUGCUAGAGAUCCCUACUGUGCGUGGAAUGGAACCUCAUGCUGCAAGUACGUGCCAGCUCUGAAAAGACAAACUAGACGUCAAGAUGUAAACACUGGAGACCCACUAAUUCAAUGCUGGGAUCAAGAAGACUAUUCAGCAAAUGUGCUAACUGAGAAGAAGUUAAUUUUUGGAGUUCAGAACAAUUCCACAUUCCUGGAAUGCAGUCCAAGAUCACAGCAAACAUCAGCCAUUUGGUCUGUUCAACGAUCAUUGGAUGGCCAACAGGAGGAGAUAAAAUAUGGUUCCAGAAUCAUCAAAACAAGGCUUGGGCUCCUCAUACGUCACUUGCAGGAAGAUGAUGCCGGGAUUUACUAUUGCAGAGCCGUGGAGAACACGUUCACACAAGUCAUCACUAAGUUUCACCUCAAGGUUAUUUUGAGCGACUUCAUGACAACUCCGCCAAAAACAAGGCACAAUGAUGGAAAGAAUAAAGACACUCGGAACAGGGCAAGGCUACGUUACAAGGAUUUUCUGCAACUUCUGGAUCAGCCAGGCAUCACUGUAAACGAAUAUUGCCAGCAAGUGUGGCGCUCGGGGAAACGUGGACAAAUGAGUAAAACAGCAGCAAAGUGGAAAAAAGCACCAGCAUUUAAGCGGUUUUAGAUACUGGAAAAUAUCAGAUGCUUUGUGGUCCUUUAGAAUGAAGACACAGUAACAAAAGUUAUUCAUGGACUUGUUUCAGAGUUAUUAAUGCACAAUCUGGAAUACUGUGAAGUCUGAAUGAGUGUCAGCGGAAGAAAUGUUACCACACAAAUUCAAAAGUGUAGCAAGAGGUAUUAUACUUGAGUGUAUUCUGUUUGUUAAUUUAAAAACAUUGGCUUUAAAAGAAAAUAUUACUCUGUAGGCAAUUUUAUAAUAUAGUCUUGGGAAUUCCGUUUUGAAGACUUCACAGAUAAGUCUGCAUAUAGUUGGAUCUUAUUGAGCCAACAUGUAAUGAAAUCCACUAACCUCAGAACCUAUUGUUGAAAACUCUACUCCAUGUAGAGUCAUGAUUAACAUUUACAAUGGGUGACCUUCCAUAAUGAAAAUUAACAGACGGGCUUGAUAGUGACGAAGGAACUUCAUUCGCUCUGAUCAAGUGUCUCUGACUGAAACAUUCACUGUUCAUUCUUCUGCAUGGAUACUGCCCAACUUGUGGAGUUCCUCCUGCACUCUUGUGUGUGCUGUUUAUCAUUUGUGAAGGGUAGGUUACUUGUGAUGGCACCUCAUGGAUUUUUCCUGCACGGCUGUACUGGAAGUUACUAUUAAAUCUGCGUUAUUAAAACCAUGUUUGACAGCAGCUUGAUCAAUAACAUCAGAGCAAUAUAUAGGCUAAUAUCAUCAUCCACUGGUUGAUCUAAAAGGUGGAAGAGACAAAAUAAAAUUACAAAAUAAUUAUUUUAUUUUUACUUGUACCACUGUAAUACAUCAGAAUAGAGCCCCAGAAUAGAGGAGCAUUCUUUUAGAAUGGAGAUGGGAAGGAAUUUCUUUAGCCAAAGAAUGGUAAAUCUGUGGAAUUUGUUGUCACAGACCUCUGUGGAGGCCGGGUCAUUGUGUGUAUUUAAGGCAGAGGUUGAUAGAUUCCUGAUUAGUCAGAGCAUGAAGUAAUAUGGGGCUGAGAGGGAAAAUGGAUCAGCCAUGAUGAAAUGGUGGAGCAGACUCGAUGGGCCUAAUGGCCUAAUUCUGCUUCUGUAUCUUAUGAUCUUUUAAGGAUAGGCAUACUUUGUCUAACAGUUUCAAAUCAGUAAGUGAUGAGAUAUACCUUCAUUGAAUUUUAAAUAUUAUCCAAACUAAUUUAUAUAUACUUUUUUUUAAAUUUCACAUAUGCACACUAGUCAAAAUUUUAACCCCAGAUGGAGAGAGAAACUUCCAAUGUUUCCAUGAAAAUAUGAACAAUUACGUUACCCUUUUCUCUGUCAAUUAUUGAAGGGUUUUGAUCUUAAGGAUUUCUGUCUGCUGACUGAUGUAUGGACAGAUAUAGUAAACAUUCCAGAAAUGCUUAUAUUCAA